UGCGCAGAGGAGAACGGAGAGCGAGCAGCGGGGAACUGAACUGAAAAUGGGUUUACGAGACGAGCUGUUAAAGCCAAUAUGGCAUGCGUUCACGGCUUUGGACGUUGACAAAAGUGGAAAGGUGUCAAAAUCACAGCUAAAGGUUCUCUCGCAUAACUUGUGCACUGUUAUGAAGAUCCCCCAUGACCCAGUGGCGCUUGAGGAGCACUUUAAGGAUGAUGACGAGGGACCAGUGUCUAACCAGGGCUACAUGCCUUACCUCAACACAUUCAUAUUGGACAAGGUCCAGGACAAUUUUGACAGAGUGGACUUCAACAGGAUGUGCUGGACCCUGUGCGCUCGCAAAAACCUCAACAGAGACCACCUACUCAUCUCCGACGACGACGCUUUCAAGAUCUGGUGCAUUUUCAACUUCUUGUCGGAGGACUAUUACCCUCUAGUUAUGGUGGCUGAAGAGAUCGAGUACCUGCUGCGUAAGCUGACGGAGGCGAUGGGCGGCAGCUGGAUCGAGGAGAAGUUUGAGGACUGCAAGCAGGAGCUGAGCAGCCGGCAGCAGAGUCUGAGUGCCUGGCAGCUGAUCGAGCUGGUGGGCAAGGGCCACUUCAGCAAGGGCAUGGACCGCCAGACGCUCUCCAUGGGCAUCAACGAGCUCUUCCAGGAACUUAUACUCGACGUCCUCAAACAGGGCUACAUGAUGAAGAAGGGCCACAAGAGGAAGAACUGGACGGAGCGCUGGUUCCUGCUCAGGCCCUCCUCCAUCUCCUACUACACCAGCGAGGACCUGGCCGAGAAGAAAGGGGACAUCCUGCUGGACGGAAACUGCUGCGUGGAGUCCUUGCCAGAUAAAGAAGGGAAGAAGUGUCUGCUCUUCAUCAAGUGUUCGGAGAAAAGCUUUGAGAUCAGCGCAUCAGACAAGAAGAAGAGGCAGGAGUGGAUCCAGGCCAUCCAGACGUCUAUCCUGCUCCUCAAGUUGGGUCGGCCGGCUCCUCAUCGCGAGGCGCGUCUGAAGCGGCGGGAGGCUCGUCAGAGGCAGCAGGCGGAGCAAGAGGAACUGCAGCUACGCAUGACGGAACUACAGGUGGCCAACGAGGACAAACAGAGAGAACUGGAGACCAUGAGACAGAAAUUGGAGGAGGCCGCAGCGAACGCAGCUGAGGAGGAGCGGAGGAGACUGGAGACGCAGAUGGAACUGGAGGGACGAUACAGAAUAGACCUGGAGAAGGAGAAAAUGGUACGUCAGCAGAUGGAGGAGCAGGUAGCUCAGAAGUCCACGGAGCUGGAGCAGUAUCUGACGCGUGUGCGCGAGCUGGAAGAUCUCUACAACAGCCUACAGGGGGCGCUGGACGAGGAGCGGCAGGCGAGGCAGGAUGAGGAGACCGUACGCAAACUACAGGCCAGGCUCCUGGAGGAGGAGGUGUCUAAGCGUGCGGAGCUUGAGGAGCUGCACCUGACGCAGCAGAAGGCCAUCUCCCAGACGGAGGCGGAGAAGCAGCAGCUGGAGCGCGAGCGUCUGGCCAAGGAGGCCGCUCUAGACGACGCCAUGACACAGCUGGAGCUACUGCAGAACGAGAGGCAAGACGCCCUCGAACAGUACCAGGAGAUUAUGAAGAAGUUGCAGGAUGCUGCCAAUAACACCAGGAGCUGGAAAGACAAAGUGGCCCACCAUGAGGGACUCAUACGACUCAUACAACCAGGCUCCAAGGGUCCCCAUAAGAUGACCAACUGGGGCCCGGCGGCCUUCACGGAGAUGGAGUUGAGCCUGCGAGAGAAGGACUGGCAGCAGAAGAAGGUCAAGACCGGGGGGGACGGGAAGGACAUGGGGAACGGGGGUAAAGAUGACGACGACCCCGCACGCACAAGCAGACUACAGGAUGUCACAACCGAACAUUAGCCACGAUGAUGGGCUAAAAUCAGAUGACUUCACCCCAUCAAAUCUCUAAUUGAUUCUCAAUUGAGCAGUUCCAGACUGUCUGUACAAAAUGAAUCUAAUGCCUCUUUUCCCACUGCCGGUUUUCUGGUAGGCCUACAGCUCGACACAACACGACUCGGUCGGUCGCCACUUUUUGCUUUACUAUUGUGCUGUGUCGUGCCUAUUCGAAAAGUAAAAAGUGGAUGCCAAGCCGUGCUUUGUCGGUCUGUAGGCCUACCAGAGAACCGGCGGUGGGGAAGAGGCAUAAGGGUAUUAUAUAGUCAGGCAGGCCAGCCUGUGGCCUCACUACACCAGUUGACCUUCAGCCAACACAUUCCUUAAAGGGGUAUGCCACUAUUUUGGGGCUUAAUACAGUUAAACUCGUUGGCUGGGGUUUAUAAAGGUGGUAAAGUGUCUUAUUUUUCAUGUAAGCCGUUGUCUUGCUUUAAGACAAGUUAAAAGAGGGAGCAUGUCGCUAAGCUAGUGAAAGUCAAUGGAUCUGUGUAGCAUGCUUAACUGUAUUAAGCCCCAAAAUAGUGGUAUAUCCCUUUAAGUCAGACAGAUAUAAGAGACAAAAAUGUGUUUUUGAGCCUCUGGAACGUUCCGCUGACUGAAAUGACUCCCCCAUAGGUGUCCAGGUGACUGUUACCAAGCUAACCACAUUCCAGUGUUGAGGAAAACACCUUCAGGAACAAAUGACUGGCUGUCAGUAUAAAAGACAUAACAGUACUCUGUUUCCCUGUAUUACCAAAGUGCUAGUAUUAAAUAUACCGGUAAUAUGAACUAGUGAUGUGGCACUCAUCAUGACGUACGUAAUUAAUUAAGCACUUAAUAACUGUUUUAUGUGUGCUAAUAUGCCAUUUUACAAUUUGGUCUUAUUUAAUAUGGGGAUAUGGGGGGGGCUUCCAAGGUAUUGUGUUUCUGGUGUUUUUUACACAGACUUUACUACAGUUAUAUCUGAGAUAGACUUAACUCAUUAAAGGGAAAUACUUGUUAAAUAUGUUUUAUGUUUUGUUUUGUUUUUUUAAAUUGUAGAAAUGUUUGUUCCUUAUACAUUACUGUAUGAACUCACGGGCAGAUGUACUACUAGAUGUGCCGCCUUGACUACUGCUGUGUUCUCUACUGUAACAAUAUCAUGUAACUUAGAAGGUGACCUGUGGCCCGUAUCCUAGUGGAGGAGGACAAUACUGUCUAACCUGCUCCUCCUCCUCUAACCCACUGGUUCCCAAACUGGGGGCCGUGACCCCUG